UCAUCAAAACCCACCCAGUCCUACUCCACCAGACCAUCACCUCCAACACUCUCUCGUGCUCUUACUUUCUCUCUCUAAACCCCAUUCUCUCUCUACAUUUCUUGAAAAUUCUCUCGUUUUUAUCCCUAACGUGUUGCGCACGUAAUUAGUGAUACAUUUUAUUAGUUUCAAUGGAGGCACCGCAAUUCUUCAUCGGAGGAUAUUUCAGCGGCGGAGGAGCUUCUUCUAAUGCGGCGGAGUUCUUGCCUGAGAAGAGUCAGAAAAAUGGUGACGCUCAUUUUGCCGUUGAUGACCUUCUUGAUUUUCCUAACGACGAUGAUGCUAUAAUGAGCGACGGUUUUUUCGAUAAUAUUUCUAAAAACUCCGUUACUGAUCAUUCUAGCGCCACUUUUACUUCCAAUGAUAGCCCUAAUUCUUCUAUUUCCGGCAACCAAUUUGGUUAUCAGAGCGUUUCCGAUUCUCAUUUCUCUAGCGAGCUUUGCGUUCCGUAUGAUGACAUGGCGGAGCUAGAAUGGCUAUCGAAUUUUGUUGAAGACUCAUUCUCUACCAAGCAAAAUUUACAAGCUAACUACCUCCAUAUUUUUCCCGGAGCCAAAGCACCCACACCCGAAUCCUCAUCAUCUGAGUCCCACUCGGACCAAUUGGCCCGUAACCCUAAUAACCCGAUGUUCAGGCCCGAAACACCAUUACCCGGUAAAGCCCGUUCCAAGCGCUCUCGAGCUGCCCCAUGUGAUUGGUCCACGCGCCUUCUUCAUCUUUCGUCGCCCGUUAAUAUUAAAGCAUCGUCCGAGAAUCAAAGAAAUGGCGAAGUCAAUCCAGGUACGGAUGCUCCGGUUCGAAAAUGUCUUCAUUGUGCUACCGAAAAGACUCCUCAAUGGCGGACUGGGCCCAUGGGUCCGAAAACAUUGUGUAAUGCUUGUGGGGUUCGGUACAAGUCGGGUCGGUUGGUAUCCGAAUACCGACCCGCUGCCAGUCCGACAUUUGUGUCAACAAAGCAUUCGAAUUCACAUAGGAAAGUUGUGGAGCUUAGGAGGCAGAAAGAAAUGCAAAGGGCACAGCAAGAACAAUAUCUACACCACAAUUCAAUCUUUGGUGUAUCUAAUGGUGGUGAUGAUUACUUGAUUCAUCAUCACACUGGACCCAAUUUUAGGCAUAUGAUUUAGUGGUCUUUGAGGUAGAAUUAAUUAAUUUUUAGUAUUGUGUCCUCAAAUUUUGAAUUAAUUUUGUAGUUUUUAAUUUUUCUCAAACAAAAAAUAAUAGAAUUAUGGGGGAAAGGAGACAAAAAAUGGAAGUUAUUUGCUUGUAGACUCAAUAAUGGAACUCUUAAUUUUUUUCCA